UUGCCCUUGUUUGUAAUUUCACCUGUUCACCACUUUUGCAUGUUUCGCCUCUUCAAGCGGUUUAUAUUAGAAUGACACCUGCUUGUAAUUUACGUUUUUCAACAGAUGACCACCUGUAGGCCUUCGUACGGCAACUACUGUUGUGUACGGUGGUGCCAAAACAAUGGAAGAACGCAAAAGAAGCCUGGAACUUGCUUCUUUCGCAUCCCACGGGACAGCAGGUCGACGUCAUGGGUGGCAUACUGUCAAAGGGCCGACCUUACGGAUAAACCAGCCAGUGUAUUGUACAGAUCAUACAGGAUGUGCAGCGACCAUUUUACUGCACAAGAUUUCAUGGACCCGUUGCGCACGCGGCUCACAAAAAGCGCCGUACCUACAGUUUACCCAGGCACACUGAGCGACAGGAAGUUUCAGCACUGUCUUGAUUCUGUUGAUGAGUCACCUGUUGUAGCUAUCGUAAUUACAUCACGUCAAAACACUGUCUCAGAGAACCAUCUGGGAGAGUCUACGUGCAUCAGCUCCGUGUCUGAAAACCCUGCUCCGCAAGGGUACAGCCAUCCUGCAAGUGACGAACAAGCUGGUGAGGACGUCCUAGAGGAAACAUCCGAGAAAGGCUCCCUCGUGACGGCAAGCCGUGUUGCCGAAGGCAAUUUUGCAGGAAGCCUGCAAGGGAUGUCUGGCUCCAACAGCGCCGUGAGCGAGCUAGGUCCUACAGACUCCCAAGUGGACAUGUCUGACAGCAGUUCUACCAGGGCUGAGCAUUCUGCUGUGCAUGAUGCCGUGUCCAAGAUGUCCGCAAGUGCCAGCAGCUGUAUCGACACAGCUGCAAACUCGGGAGACUUUUCUUUUGCUUGCAACAGUGCAGCAAGGAGCUCUUCAUCAAAAAAAUUUAGGACAACCAUUAAACGACUGCAGUCCAAGGUGGCAAGCUACCGGCGGACCAUCGCACGGUUACGGAAGCAGCAGGAGAAGCUAGAGCCAUCAAUUUCAAAGGCACUAGCCGUUAUUCGUCCACAUGUGACAGAGGAAGUUUUUAAACUUCUGUGUGUGCAUGUGCAGUCGCAGCAGAAGGGCACAGGCAAGCGGUUCCCUGCUUGGGUCAGGAAGUUUGCUUUGGAUUUGUACUUUCGUGAACCACGAGCUUAUGAGUUUAUGGCACCAAUUUUCUCUUUGCCUACGCCGCGUUCUUUAAGACGGUGGAUGGUAACCUUAGAGUGAAACGGGCGUGACUCUAGCCAGGGCUCAGCUUUAACUGUUUAGUGCCUGUGUUGAUUUUGUACAUGUGACAGAGCUGAUGCCAAGGGGGUAGGUAAGCUUGCAGAAUGGGUGCUGUGGGCGCAGUUGAUGACAGAGGUGCAAAGCUGUUUGGUGGUCUCUGGAAGACGAUUUUGUGUAUCUUGCUGAUUGGAUACAUAAAUGACAAAAGCAGAUGUGCAUUUUUUGUUUGGGGAUGGGGGGGUGAGCUUAAUGGUUGUUGAGGGAUGGGUGCAGAUUUAAGUGCAACGCAAUAUGGUGGUCUUGGCAAGACUACUUUGUGUGUGUUGCUGAUUGGAUACAUAAUGCAAAAGCAGGCAUGGAAGGGGCUGGGUAAGCUUGCAGAAUGAUGGGGGAGGUUACGGAUUAAGUACAAAGCAAUGUAGCGGUCAGGAGGAUUACCCUCGGCGGCAUUUGUUUAUCUGCUUUAUCAUCAUGUUGCAGGAUUGAUUAAUGUUAUCAAUGUUUUGAGUACCGGUCUAAGGUUUAAAGAAAUCUAUAAUUGAUGUUUCAGAGCUGGUACUGCUCCCGUGUUUACAGUGAAAAGCAUUUUGGUCUAUUUAUACGUUAAACAAGGUGUUGGUGUUUGAGCGGGUGAGGAGGGGUGGGUGGGUAGUGGUAGCCCCCACCUCCGGGGGAAGUGAAGGGUGGGAGGGGGUAAAUAGACCUCUUGCGUCAAUGAGAGACCAGUAGCGGCCCUGAAACAUCAAUUAUGCCAAGGCAAAAAUAUGCGUUACUUGUGCAGAAAGUGGCACAAGUCUACUUCAUGCUCAACAACAACAAAAAAAAAAAAAAACUAAGUCUGUUUUACAUGUCCUUUCUUUUCUAAGCUGCAACACACAAGUUUUUCGACCAGAUUGUGUUAAAUGCCUAAUGGUGUUAUUUUGGCAAUGUCUUUUUGUUAGCUUGCAGUGCUUAAAAUGUGGCUCCAAUGUAUCAAUUUUGCAUUUUUAUGAAGUGAAAUAGAUUACUUUGAGUUUUCUCUGCAAGUUUCUGUAUUGCACUCAUCAGCUGAUGUGUUAUGUGUGUGCCAAAUGGCGACGGUAUAUUGUGUGAGUGUUCUUGUGUCCAGAUCGACACAAGCGAUAGCAUAAAUGGGACCCAGCAAUUAAAUUCUGUGUGCCUCACAAGCUCCAAAGAAGCCAAACAAGCAUGGUGCACCAGAUUUGCCAUGGCAUCACUUUCACUAAGUGUUACAGACAUCUCAUGGGUUGCAGUGAUACUAGCCUAAAUUGUGAUUACUGUCAGCUGCCAGUAACACUUGAUCACAUAUUUUGCAUUUGUACCACAUAUGCGCAAGAAUGACAAGCUGGUCUUUUCCAUCGCAAAUGUCGAUAAAAGGCCGCUAU